AUGGCUGUCAUAUGCUCAAAAGCGAUAAAGCGGCAUUUUCGUUCUUUGCUAAGUCCCAAAAUUUAUGCACGAGAAAGAUCCUGUAUCGCUAUUAUAGCGAAUCGACUCAACCUUUCUUCUUUUAGCAAAUAUAGUUCAAAUAACUUUUCAAAUUCUGCAAUAAAUAAAUAUUUCGCAAUAAACAGUCAAGUGAAAGCCAUGGGUGCAUUAAGUCCUCUAGAUCCUUCUUCUUUUUCUAGGCCAGAAGUAGCAAUUAUAAGGCACAUUUCUCUUAUAUUGGAUGUGGAUUUCGAAAAAAAAGUUCUAAAGGGUACUGCUGAUCUCAACUUUGAUGUACUGCAGGCUACUGAUGAAAUAAUUUUAGAUGUCAAUGAUCUGAUAAUACAAUCCAUUGAAUUAAGAGAUGGCACAAAAUUGCAAUAUAAUACUGAUCAGCAUGUACCUAAUUUUGGUUCCAAAUUAUCUAUAACAUUAGGCAAUCAAUAUUCAGCUGGUCAGAAAUUAGUUAUCAGAAUUAAGUAUAGAACAUCACCUUCGGCUUCUGCACUACAAUGGCUGGAACCUAAUCAAACUUCGGGAAAGAAAUAUCCUUAUUUGUUCAGCCAGUGUCAGCCUAUACACGCCCGUUCAAUUCUACCAUGUCAAGAUACACCCGCCGUAAAGUUUACGUACGACGCUGAAGUAACAGCUCCCGAAGAAUUCACGGUACUGAUGAGUGCAGUUCGCGGUGAGAACAGGAAUAAGACAACCAUGUUCCAGCAGUCUGUGCCAAUUCCAUCCUACUUACUUGCCAUCGCUGUUGGUGUUUUGGAACAUAGGCGACUUGGGCCUAGGUCAUUGGUUUGGUCUGAAAAAGAAGAAAUCGAGCGUAGCGCGUGGGAAUUUGCUGAGACCGAAAAAUAUUUGGAAGCUGCUGAAAACCUCUGCGGUCCGUACCAGUGGGGCCAAUAUGACUUGCUGGUGUUGCCACCCUCUUUUCCUUACGGCGGCAUGGAAAACCCGUGUCUUACGUUCGUCACGCCCACAUUAUUGGCUGGUGACAGGAGCCAAGCAGAUGUUAUAGUCCAUGAAAUAAUGCACAGUUGGACAGGCAACCUAGUAACUAACAGGAACUUUGAGCACUUUUGGCUAAACGAAGGCUUUACAGUGUUCCUUGAGAGGAAAGUUGGGGCUUCACUUAUUGCUGAUGCUGCAGAAGCUAAGCGCAGCAGAGAUUUCCACAGCCUACUUGGACUGCAGGAAUUAAGUGAAACGAUAAACGGGCAUCUGGGUAGUUCAAAUCCCUUGACGAAGCUGGUACCAGACUUAAAAGGAGUACAUCCAGAUGAUGCAUUCUCCCGUGUCCCAUACGAAAAAGGCUCACUCUUCCUACGUUACUUAGAAGACCUCGUAGGAGGACCGGAAGUGUUUGAUGAGUUCAUGCGAUCGUACUUGGGAAAUUACCAGAAGCGCUCAUUGGAUACGGAUGAAUUCAAGGAAUACCUACUGAAUUAUUUCAGCGGAAAUCAGAAUCUGACCAGUGUGGACUGGAAUGCUUGGUUUUACAGCAGUGGAAUGCCACCAAUAAUUCCUAAUUAUGACACCUCCAUGACGAAAGCUGUCACCGAGCUCGUGGCUAAGAUAUUCGAAGCGGGCACGUUCUCAUACGACGACGUGAAAUGCUUCACACCGCAUCAGAUGAUUAACUUACUUCAAGAACUCAUCGACAAAGACGCCCUGCCAAUAGAAAAACUCCGCAGCUUGGGAGACGCAUAUAAAGUCAAUAACAGCAAAAACUCCGAGAUCAUUUACAGAUGGCUCAGACUAUGCAUUAGGAGUAGAGACCGUACAAAACUGAAGGAGGUGUUCAGCUUUGUUAAUCAACAAGGACGUAUGAAAUAUGUUCGACCAAUUUACAGAGAUCUUUAUACGUGGGAGGAUGUGAGGCAACAGGCCAUAGACAACUUCCUUCAAAACGAACCUUAUAUGAUGCAUGUCUCUGCUUACACUCUGCGGAAGGACUUGCAUCUCAGUGAAUAA